UCGAGUGGACGGGAAAACCACUAAGAGAAUUCGGGAAAUUAAACGUUACAUCCUGCACCCAACCAGACUGAAACCACCACUGUAGUAGUUUAGUUUUUCAGCCCCAUCAGUUCGCUCUCGAGGUUCACUUUCAUUUCAACCGUACCAACAACAGCAGCAUAUUGUUUCGCGGUGUCCUUUUGUCGCUUGAUUAGUUUGGUUCUUUCGUUAUCAUCGGUCCCAUCCUUGGCGUUAUCUCUGAGUACCUGCACUUUCGGUCGUUCUGGUACAGAGUGUCCAGCACGUGAUUAGGAUAAUUAAACUAACGUUUUACUGCGUCAAUGCUAAUACAUAUAAUAUUGAUUUAAGGUUGGUUAUGGGUUGCCUGUUACCGUCAGAAGGGUAUUCCUUCCAAAGGUGUUGAAUGUUAUGUUUGCUUUGCAAUAGUUUGUUUUGCCAUCCGUCAACCCCCUCACUGUUUACUCUGAACAGCACCUACGGAGCCUUGCGUCUAUGUGUGAACGUGUAUCUAUGAAGCUCUUCGGUAACAUAUUUAUAACGAAUAACUACGAAACGCACAUUUAUAGUGUUUUGAAAAUUAGUAGUGAAUGAUAGCAGUGAAGGUAGUUAAAACAUAAUCCAGUGGCUUGGAGCGACCAGUCCUGACAGAUACAUCGUCCUUGGGAGUGUAUCUGUGAUAAGUAGUGCUAGUACCAAAGUGUCGUCUAAUGUUUACAAUAUGGUUUUGAAAAUCUCACGUAGUUUCUGCAUAAAUGUAAAUUUUGGAAUUUAUUAUCGCAACCCUUGUCAUACAUCAUUCGACGAGGACUAGAGAGGGUUGUUCAUUGCAAUAUUAUACAACUUGCAUGCAUAACGAUUAUGUUAUGCAACGAUUUACGCGAAAGAAAAGAUGAAUGUUUUAUGGAUAAAUGAAUUUUAAUCGAAAUACAUCGCGUAUUCAUUCAGAUUUUAACUUAAAAUAAAAAUGGUACUUUAAAACAGAAGACCUUUUAAGGAUCCUCUUCCAAUAGUAGAGAACCAACGUGAAUCGAAGCAAUGAAACCCCAUUAGUUUGUAACCUUUAAAUGUAAUUAAUUUUGUAUCUGAAAUAUGGAGAUAAAUAGAAAUGCUUCUAGAGUAUAAAACGAAAUGCUAAUAUCCAUUUUUCAAAUAAACUAAUAUUAAAAAAAAAACAUAAAAAUUACCAAAAAACCCUAAUUUUCUUAGAAUUAAAAUUAACCCCGGGGAAAAUCUAACGCUUUAAAUUUUAAAUGUUAUAUAUUUACACAUACUACGAAAAAAUUGACUAUCGGUCUCAACGAAUUCCUCACGAAUUCAACGGUACAUUUAGAUGGUCUAACCACUUUGAAUUUUUUGCUAAGAAAAAGACCAAAAAUUUAAAAAAGUAGAGAAAACCAGAGUCUGCAAUUACUGGGACUUUCAAUAAAAAAAAAGACACAAGAAAAUAUUAUGGAUAAGUGUAGUUUAAAAAUAAAAGAAAAUAAUAAAAGAAUUCGUAGAUUGAUACGUGCAACUGCUGAAACAUCAUCCGUUUGUGAUAGUCCGACUAUUGUCAGAACAACCCCAAUUCCAACGUCAUUUUCAACGGCAUCACCAUCAACCAUAACACCAGCUUCAUCAGUAGUCGUAGCCACAAGUACACCAACUGUCUCAGCACCUUCAAGAACAAUGGGCGGAGGUAUGACAACACAACAACCACUUCCAACUGAAACCUAUCAUAACAUCCCUUGCGUUUCACCAAUCCUAACAACAUGUGCAACAUGCCCGCCUGGUAGCCUAUUGGUGAACUCGGCGGCCUCAACCACAGACAAUAAAAUCGGUCUAAAAACAAGUGAAAAGUUCUCCGUUAGUGUUUUCGAUACAGGCGGUGUUGGUCCCUUUGGAGGAAGCAGUGGAAGUGUUGGUGAAAGUAGCUGUAGUAAAAGUGACGGUUUCAACAACAACACGACCCUUACGUCAGUUCGCAAAAGUUCAGAAAUCGAGAUUCCACAAUCAGCGAAUCGAAUGGCGAAGUUCUCAUUUAAAUCGUCCGCGGAGGAUGAUCCUUAUCAGUACACAAUUACGUCUCCGAAUAAUCCUUUUCUUCCUGAAAUUAUCGCGAAACGUUGUAGUAUGGAUAUGUCAGCGGAUAGCGAGAGUUCGUCGCCACCGUAUCAGGAUUUAGUGGCAUCACCAACGAGUAUGGGAGAACCACCGCCAGAUGCGCCUGCGGGGAAGCUUUCACCAAUGAAAAUCUUUGGUAUCGGUAGUGGUACCAGCGGUGGUGGGAAGACAUCGAACCCAUUUUUAAGUAGUAACUGUACUAGUCCGCAAUGUGAUUUGAAUGCGAAGCGAGAGGAAUUUUUGAAGGCAACUAUGAAGAUUUGUUUAGUAGUUUCACCACCAUCGAAUAAGUUACAGUUAAAAUCAAAAAGUCUAACAGAUUUGGAUAUUUUGGACUCAAUAUCAUGUCAACGAAGUACAACGAUAGACCCCCAAAAACAACAACGAUCUGAGCACAAGGAUUCAACAACAAUAUCAACUGCAACAGCAACUCCAACGAUACCACCGACAACAUCAUCAUAUCAUCACCAACAUCCCCAGCAUAGUGUUAAGCAAACUAUAGCAUCCAUCAAUGCAAAUAGUUCGUCCUGUAAUAAGAUAUGUUGUCUUGGUUCACUCUCGGCCCCAACGGCGGCCGUUGCGUCACAAACAGUAUCAUCGAUUAAUUGUAAUUUGAUUACUUCGCCGACAAGUAGCCAAAAUCAAUCAAAUUUUCAUCCGAAAAAGAAAUCAUCGUUUAUGCAAAGAAAGAAACCGCUUUUGUCUAGAAGUCAGGUAUCAAGUUCAGAAUACUUUUCUGUUAGCUUUUGUACUAAUUCGGAUAGACAAGAUGAGGAACUUAUACCUGCUAUUAAGGGCACAACACUAUUAGAAGCUCUAAAUCCUGCCUUGAAGAAGAGAAAUUUAAGUUUUUCACAAAUAGCAAUAUGCGACAAUAGCUUUCACUGUUAUACGGAACCAACAAGUUCCCCACCGUACACAAGUUCCUUAGAUGAAAGCACCGACGUUGAAAGUUUAGCUGGAAAACAUCUUAUAAUCGUCGAUCGCGACGGAAGUAAACGAACGGGACAACUCCAAAAGGCAGCAUCUUUUGGUGCCCGUACUCGACCACCUCGCCUUCUAUCCUCCGCUUCAACCGAGGAAACAACGGAAUCCGAACAGAAAAUCGUCCCUGGAAAGCAAUUGAAACAACGUUGGUCCGGUCUAUUCGGCAUGAAAAACAAUCAACAACAAAAUCAAUUGUGUCAACUUCUCGACGACUAUGAUCGACGGGGUGUACCGCAAAAGAUACAUUCAAUGAGUUUUCAACAACCGGAAUUUCAAAAUGCCUUGAAUUUUUUGGAUAAAUAUCAAACAAUGUCUAAAUCUUGGCGAGAUUUUGUCCAUUGUGAUGAUAUGUCGGAUAGCGAUGUAAAGAUACAAUCAGCCAUUUGGGAACUAGUUACAACGGAAAUUGAUUAUAUAAAUGUACUUAAGACGGUUACGGAUCUAUUCCUGGCCUGCCUGGAAGGCAUACAGGAUAACAACCUAUUAACUGACGUGGACCAGCACAAACUCUUCUCCAACAUUUACGAUAUCUAUGAAGCGAACGUGCAAUUUUGGAGCCACUAUUUGCAUCCAAUGGUGGAGAAUAGUAUGGGCACGGGUUGUCCGUUAUCAAUAGAUUACUUCCAGGAAGGAUUCAUCAAUUUUGCCAUAAACUUUGCUCCCUACAAGAAGUAUUGUGCUGAGCAAAGUACUUGCCAGUUUUAUUGUAAAGAAUUGAAUCGAAACAAUCCGCUUUUCACGUAUUACUUAACAUGGUGCGAAGCCCAGAAAAUGUGCAACCGACUACGCUUGGCCGAUAUUUUGGUGAGGCCAAUGCAAAGACUGACGAAAUAUAGUUUAUUGUUGUUGGCGAUUAGGAAGCAUAUAACGGAUGAAAACGAUGGGGAUAAUAUGGAUGCAAUGAUACAUUCUGUGGAAAAUUUUGUAUGCAGUGUAAAUACUCAUUUGACGACAAGGCAAGAAAACGAACGUCUCAAAGGCAUCAUGGCCCGCAUCGAGUCCUAUGACGUAGUGGACUCUAAUAAUGAACAUCUAGAUAAAAUCACAAAGCAAUAUUCAACCAUGUUCGACUUAUGCUCUCCGAUGAAAGGGGUCAUUGGAGUUGCCCAAGGACGACACCUCUUCAUGGAGGGCGACCUGAAAUUCAAAGAUAAUUUAGGGAAAUCCGAUGUGCAUUGCUUCCUUCUAACCGAUAUUUUAUUAGUAUGUAAAACCAUCGCAAAGAAAGGUCAAGGUACCCUUAAAGUGAUACGACAACCAUUCCUCACGGACCGAUUAAUAGUCAAGCACAAGGACAACAUUUUGUAUUGUGUCUACUUGAAUGAAUUCCAAAUUGCCGUGGCAGCUUUCACAUUACAAUGUACCGAGGCGAAAAGCUGGUAUGAGGCAAUGAACAAAGCCAAACAUAUCUACUCGAGACUGAAGCAAGGAUCUAAUUGGGAAGGAUAUAAUUUAAGGCAUACGAAUAGUGGUAGCUUCAACAAUGCCGAUACCUUGAGUAUUAAGAAAUCACCGAUUAAUAGCUCGAUAGGAAGCCGAGUGUCCAGUUUGAAUAAUAGUCAUAGCGGUUCGGUGGAACUGAACGAUUCCAGGAAUGUUUCCAUUGAUUUCGAGAAGACAAACUCCUUGUCCAGCGAUGAAGGAUCAUUCAUGAGCUGUAAUCAAUCCUCUGCAACGAAACCAAAAACGCUCCUUGCGAGUCCACAAAAACUGAAAACGACUUCAUCAAAUCAGCUUGCCGUCCAGCCGCACAACAAUUUGGGACAAAGUUUGCCAAAUUUGAACAUACACCCUAGUCAGACCAGUAAUCUUUAUCAUACUUAUAGUAACAAUACGUUGCUUGUACCGGGUAGUAGCCAUUCAGGCUAUCUACUAUUAUCACCAAGUCAUCGUGGUAUAUCGUAUCCGCCACCAAGUCCAACAAGAGCCACAUUACGUCGAGGUUUUGCAUUUUCAUCGUCCAUUAAAAAUCCGCCUCUAGUUAAAACCAGAAAUAUAACAUCACAAAAUAGUUUUGCGUUUCCAAUAGCUUCUGCAGGAGGAGCUGCUCAAACCCAGUCACAACAAACGCAAUCCCAACAGCAACAACAAAUUCCAUCACCUAGUGUUCAACAGCAGCAGCAGCACCAACAAUUACAGCCUCAGUCACCAUCUAGCAAUAGUUUAACAAUAAGUAAUGAAAGUAAUGUUUGAUUCAGUUGAUCUUUACCAAGUAUUAUUGUUUACACCUGACCAUUUUGUUAGAUAAAUACUUAAUUUUUUUCUUCUUCUACUUUGUUGGAAGUCAUUGUUUUUUAUUGUGGUGCAAUGGUUUUUUUUUAAGUUUAAGGUUAAAUUAUGAAUUUUUGUUUUAGUAGAACUAGUAAAGAAGUUUGAAUACUAGUGAGUGUUGCAUUAUUUGAUAAUUGAAAUUUUCUAAAUAAUUUUCAACUAAUUAUUCACAAUCACUUGACAAAAAAUCAUUAUUGAAGUUUUCCGCAAAUAUCAAAAAUAAUUUAAAUAUAUAAAACCAAUUGUUAUUGUUAAUUAUCAGCCUCAAAAAUUAUGAGAGCAAACAAAAUGGUUUUGAAUUCGAAAAUUGUCAUUGCCGUUCCUUACUUUCGUCAAUAUCAAAUUUUGCAACAUAUUUUUACUACUUUUCAACGAAUUACAAACUUAAUAUUGAGUAUAUUCGGAUGUCAUACUAAUUAUAUUACUUUAAAAAAAAGUACUUUUCUAAAAUAUACCUAUAGGUAGACAUAAUCUUCCAUUAAUGCCUUCCUGAAAACAAAUUGAAAUUAACCAUUCUUUUCAACCUUUUAAGUAGCUUUUGUACUUAUAGUUUCAAAGUCAAGUUCAAUCACAAAUCCAUACACUUACAUAUUUAUAAAAAAAUAUAUAUGUUCGCAAACAUGUAUCGCGGUGUUUGUGAUUUAAAAAAAUACAAGUUUGCAUGCAUAUAUAUGUAGAAAUACACACAAAGCCAUACCAAAGACUCUAAUGACCAAUUAGAAACCCCAUGUAAGAUUAUUAUAAAUAUAGUCUAAAAAACCGUGCAAUAUAAAUACCAAUGCAUGUUAUAUAAUCUGCGUUUGAAGAACUAUUUAGUUGUGAUGUUCAAAGGGGUGAGACCCUUAAUGUUAUUUUUGACAAUUUUAUAAAAAUUGUGCUUAAUUUUGAAGCAAUUGGGGUAGCAGAACAGUUUGUAACCAGCUAGUAUGGGAAGAAAAUACUCCUGAGUAAUAUAAUAGUAUAUGCUAAAACUACGGUUUGCGGCGAAGUUUCUUAAAUUUAUAGUUUUAAUUUGAAUUAGUAAAUUGAGAUAACCCACUCUUAGCGCAGAUUAAAUAUAACAUCAUCAAGCAACAUGAACACUUCAAAUAACACAAUAUUUUCAGAAUAAAUAUUCCACUGUUAUCACUGCUAAGCUGUAGUCGCUGAAGGAAAAAUAGAUCAUAUUUAUCAAAGAAGGAAGAAACUCCAUUAUUUGGAGAGUAAUAUACACACUUUAUUUAUUUAGAAUACCAAAUAUAUUUGUGAGAAUUUGUAGAUUAGUAUGUACUAUAUAGAGAAAGACAGAUUAAUUGAUUCUUUUUAUAAUAAGUAUUUGAAACAUAAAAAACAACACAUGAGUAUGAUUACUAGAAAAAAUCAAAACCCCAAAAUAUUUACUAUAAAUUCCUUAGAAAUUAUAUAAAUAUAAAAAGAAAUUAUAUAUAAAAAAGUUACCAUUUGAGGAACCAAUAAUUACUUUCAAAAAAAAGGAAAUGUAACAAACACAAUUGAAAUUUGAUAGAUAACUUUACCGAAAAGUAUAAACAUGAAAUUUAUUCCAUCGCGUUCUGCAGCGAAUUGAAUAAUUUCAAUAAACUUUUGGAUUGCAGAAUAAAAUAUAAAAAAUAAAUAAAAAAGGGAAUUUGUAAUAUUUUAUCACUAAAAGAAAUUUAAAUGUUUUACGCAACCAAACUGAAAAAUAGUAUAAAAUGAGUGCAUGUGUAAAUUUGUUGAAGUAAUGUGGAAGAAAGAUUAAAUAAAUGUUUAGAAAACUGAA